AUCAUCCUUAUGACUCCAAUUAUGUUUUAGUUUUCAGAGUGAACUUAAAGAAAGUAGACGCCAUUGAACUUUGCGUCCCAAUUUCCGAAGUGACCCAUAAAUGUGUGUGUUCCCCUCAGUAAAACUCGGAGAUUUGUAGUUUUCCCACUAAUUCACUCGGAUUGAAAAUCGACCAGUCAAAUUCAACCCAUGCCAUUGUCCACUUUCCUUCCGACGACACCGUGGAAAUUGUUCCAACGAGCUGGCUGAACGACCAGGCGACACAUUGCCAGUUUCCACCAACAGGAGAGAAAGGGGUGAAGAAAAUAAAAAAGAGAAGCGGUGCACCAUUAAAUCAUUGGGCAGUAUAUGAAGCAGCGGUACUGAAAUAUUUUGGUAAGUAUAGCUUAAACUUAAUUUUACACGCUAGUUUGGUAAUUACUCUCCUCGAUUAAUACACGAAUACGUUGCAGAGUCCUACGAGACAACAGCAGCGGAGAAACUUCCAAGGGCGAUAACUGGAAACAAGUUCAGUGAUUCUGAGAUCCACAGCGGCACUCGAACUAAAAUAUCCUCGUCCACGCUGCCAGCUAUUUUAUUAGUUCCCCCAACUACCAAUCCUCCAGAAAUUAUUUCGGCGUUGGGACAAGACAAUGAUAACGAAGGGACGACCUACUUUAUUCUACCUGGAUAUGAUGGCAAUUUAAUCUUGGUGUCGCCAGAAGGACAGACCCAAGGCAUCACACCGAGUACUACAAACAGUAUCCCUGAAAUUAUGAGAGAAAUUUUGGCUCAACUUCACCAAAUUAAGAUGCCCAAAAUCAACACGGACGUCAGCUGAAUAACAUCCUUAAUUUGCUGAACACUCGCGGCAACGACCUCCCUGAAAUAGAAGAUCUAUUAUUUUCAUUCCCUGGGCAAUUUUUUCCUCUUCGGACCCUGGCCUCCCUGGAUAGUUUGGAACAAAUGUUGAAAGGUCUUGCUCCCAGGCGAGAAUUGAAUAAUGUGCUUUUGGGAUCUGGAGGAGAUAACUUAGAAGAGUGCUUGGAAUUAAUGGCACGAUACUUAUGUUCGGAUGAAUUACUUUCACGACCAAGUUACCAGGGACGAAGUGGGAAAAAAUCAUUUUUAAUUUAUCCUCAACUUAAUCAAGCUAUAUUUGAAAGUCUAUCAACUAAGCUUGUGCCAUGCCUUUUACAAGAAAAUCUAUUGAUGAAGCCUUACCAAAAAUUUUUGAAGAGGGCAGCUGAUAGAUAUAUGAAGAAAAUGAAAGCUUCGCCCAGCUUCACACCUUUGAACCCCGAAAAUACAGUUGGACAGAACAAUGAGACUCCUUAAAAAUAACUAUUUCACUAUAAUACUUAAGUUUGUUGUCCUGGUGUUACCAUUAAUAAAUAUAUUUUAAAUUGGCCAUACAAAAUGUGUAACGACAAAUUCAUAACGGGUUAACAGCGAAAUCGCAUCGAAUUCAUGACGAAACCUCGCCUCGAAUUCGCUACGAAGUAGCGCGGAGUCGUCGCGUAAGUCGCGAAUUCGCUGCUCUUUCGCAAAGAGUCAGCGGUCAUGUAGCU